AUGUCUGAAGACCGAGUACUUGAAAAGUCCCUCGUGAACAGGUUUUUCAAAUACAUAAGGAUGCAGUCAAACAAUAAGAGAUGUGCAGACUGCAACAAUCUGUCACCGAUAUGGGUGACAGUGACAUACGGAUUCUUCAUAUGUACGGAAUGUGCUGCAAAGCACCGAGAGCUUGGUGUCAAAAUAACCAAGGUGAAGUCCACUAUCCUAGACACAUGGAACCUUUCAGAGCUCCGGAGGGUGUAUGUGUCCGGGAACUCCAAUGCUCCUAAGCUUGGAAAGGUUUCAGACCUUCGGGCCAAGUACACAAAAGCAGGGUGGUACUCGAAGACCGUUGAUGAGCUGUCCGAGAAGAAUGAAAAGGACGAGCCCGGCAUCUCUUUCAUCGAGAACUUAGCAAAAAGAAGUGAAAGGGUCCUGGAGCCUAGAGAGAUAGAGGAAAGAAAAAUGCCCAAGUUUUCAGAUUCUGAUGCAAAAUAUGUAGAGGAGAAGAGUAUGGCAAGUGAGAAGCAGCCUGACGAGCCAAAGAAUACAAAGAUAAAAAUAGACAAGCCUGUUGUUAUAAGGAAGGGCACGCUUCCGUCUCUUAGGACAUCUCAGAAGAAGGCUUUCAAUGUCAACGGAGAUGAGUCGGACAUUAGGAAGCUUGGAUUUGGAGCACUGAAUGUAUCAAGGAAUGAUAGAGAUAGCCGAUCCUCUGAAUAG